AUGCCUGCCACAGAUACGAAGGCAAAGUUGCGGUGCGAAGCGCCUGGUUGCGAGCAUAGAGCCUACUCUAAUGCCUCCAACCUCAAGAGGCAUAUCAGAUCCAAGCAUGGCAGAGCAGUCCAGAUGUCCUGCGGCAAAAGUUUCCCAAGCCACCAGUCAAACAUCAAGCGCCACAAAAUUACCUGCGGUUGCGAUGUUGUGGUUCAGACACCUAUGACUGCUACCACCAAUACGAUGACGACGCCGACCUUCGACGAUACUUUCGAUCUGAUAUUGGAUGACUUGAAAGAUGCUUACUAUCCCGUGGACAACAACUUAUUCGGGUCAUUCCAGUGA